UUUUAUAGCGUCAAGUUGACACAGCGUUUGAUUAGACAGCAUUACACAUCCCAGCACGCGGGACAGCGAGGGACAGCGGAUCGAUAACAGAAUGGCAGAUAGUGGGAAACCAGCAGAGAAGGACACAGAGGCAUCACAGGCUACUCAGGAACAACAGAGUGUAGUAUCCCGAGUGAGCAACCUGCCCCUGGUGAGUUCAGCAUGUGGUGCGGUGUAUAAUGCCUACAGCUCUACUAAAGACAGUGUGCCGCUCCUGAAAGGAGUAAUGGAGGUUGCAGAGAGCGGGGUACGCACGCUGGGUGCUGCUGCUUCUACGGGCUCCAAACCCAUACUAGACCGACUGGAGCCUCAGAUUGCAAUGGUAAAUGAAUAUGCCAUUAAAGGGCUGGAGAAGGUAGAAGAAAACCUUCCAGUUUUACAACAACCAGCAGACAAGCUGGUAUCCGAUACAGUGGGCAUGGUGUGCCAGUCAGUAACAGGAGCAAAGGAUGCUGUGGUGGGAGCUGUACUGGGUGGUGUGGAAAAGACGCGUAUGGCUGUGGCAGGUGGCAUAAACACUGUCAUGGGGAGCCGUAUGGGUCAGAUGGUCAGUAACAGUGUGGAUAAGGCCCUCACCCACUCUGAAGACUGGGUGGAUCAGAACCUUCCAAUCAGUGAAAAGGAGCUCGCUGAACUAUCUGAACCAAGACCAAGUGAGGAGGAAGGAUUCAUAGUAACUACUAGACCCAGCUAUUUCGUCCGCCUGGGAAAACUGUCUGCCAAAGUUCAGGACAGGGCACUUGAGCAGUCUCUCAUUAGGGCACGCAAGGCCAGAGACACUACACAUGCAGCUGUGACUCAAAUGACCAGCACUUUGGACCUGCUGGAAAGUGCCCGGGUAACCUUGGCCAGUGCCAACCAGCAGCUAGGGGGCGCUCCGGAGCAGUUACUGCAGAGAUGGAAAGAAUGGAAGGAAGGGCAGCCCAAAGAACUGCAGGAGAAAGUAACAGCUGAGACACAAGUAGAUACAACAAAAGACAAGGAAGAGGAACUGGAAUCGAGAGCUCUGUCGAUGGUAAGAGGUUUGAGUGAUCAGCUGAUGGCAGCAUGUUCAGGGGCUGUGUCCAGUAUACAGGGUCUCCCAGGCACUGUGCAGGAACAGCUUCUGAAUGCUCGACAUACAGCUGGAGAACUCCAGGCAUCUCUGAGCAGCACCAACACACUCACACCCAUUCUCUUAGAACAGACACGGCAGCAGAUGGGCCAGGUACGACAGUCAUUGGAUGGAGUCGUGGAGUACCUUCUCAAUAACACUCCUCUGAAUUGGCUGGUUGGGCCUUUUGCACCUCAGAAAACAGAGAAAGGCGAUUGAAAAUGCCAUACAACUUAAGUAAAACUGCAGAAAUAGGUUACUAUAUGGUUCAAAUUGUUGCACGUUUUAACUAUUUCCGUUUUCAAAUUUUAACUAGUGUUAACUGUAGUCUUCAGACUCACACUAAAUUGUUGAAAUUACAGCAUAAUGAACAUAAAAUGGCAAAUUAUCAUUUCGCCAAUGUCAGUAUUCUAAAAGUGUUGAAACCACUACCAGAUAGAGUAUGUAGGUUUCUGCGGGUGAUAUACUGCUGUGUAGCAUUCAAACCUUUGUGGUACUUAAAUAC